UCCUCGCGGAAGUGACGACACCGGUCGCCAUGGUGGUCGGCGCCUACCCCAUCGCCAAGCUGCUGAUGCUUGGGAUCCGCCAGGUCAGCCGGCCGCUAGCCAACUCCAUCAAGGCCAGCGCCCGGAGGAAUCAGUUCUUUAAGCGUUACAUCUGCUUGCCCCCGGCGCAGGUCUAUCACUGGAUUGAAAUGAAAACCAAGAUGAGGAUCAUGGGGUUCAAAAGUGGCCAGGUGCAACCGUUGAGCGAGGAGGUGGCAGCAGACCUGGGUGCUGAGCUCCUGGGAGAGGGGAUUGUGUUCUUUAUCGGAGGUGCCUGCAUCUUUGCCGAGUACAUGAGGCAGUCCGCCAACUCAGCGAGGAAGGAGGAGGAAUUGAACAGCACGUUGCAGACCCUGCAGGAGCAGGUCGCCCAGCUCUCCCUGACUGUCGAGGAACUCGACGCCCGCAUCCGAGAAAACCAUCGCCUUGUCCACUCACUGCCUCAGGCCUCGAAGUAGCAAUCUGCUCCGAGUUUCGAGAGACCGUGAUGACUGGUUUUUAAAAAAAAUCCGUUGACGGGGAUGGAAAUUAGCCCAAUUCAGACAGUUGCUUGGGUUUUAAAAAACUCUUCCAAGUGAGACCUUUUAUAUUAGGAUGCAGGAGCAGAAGAGUUUGAGCACUGAAGACUAAUCAUUUGCCUCCUGUAAAAACCUCUGAUUUUGACACACAAAUGUGUGGAUGCUGUAAAUUCCUUUGUAUUUGUACUCUCUCAUUUGAAUUCAUGUCUGUACAAACCAUUGUUUGCGCUGUCACUGUGGGUGUGCCUUGAGACCCUGUAACAGUCUGGCAAUCAUGUGAGCUUAAAUUUUGCUGCAUUGUGUUGAACCAUUCCCUAGGUUAAGUCAGAGUUUCAUGCCAUGUAAGUUACUGUGCACUGGAGGACCCACGAGUUGGAAGGAGCUAAAGUCUUGCAACACAGUGCCUUGCAGAAACUGCUUUUGAGAACCUGUGUCACCCUGACUUGCCUCGUUUGAAUAUAGAAAAUGUCUCACUCACCCACAAUAGUGUCUACUGCUUGGAAAACACUAUUGUGUUUGGUAAUUUUGAUUAAACAGGGUAUUUUUCAACACGAAACACUGCCACACUCGAGUUUAUAUUCCAGGCUGCCUUUUAGUUCUAUGCACACUUGGAUGUGUUUAAAAAAAUUUAAGACAGGCACACAUCUUGCACCUUUAGGACGAAUUGUCAUUUUUCUUUCUUGCAGCCUUUACCAGUAUGCUAAAUGUGUCCAGUAACAAGGAAGCAGGUAAAAUUGUAAGGGGAUACCAAAUGCCAACUUACGUCAAUAAUGAUAACUUGCACUGAUGAUGUGGCACCCAAACAGCUUUGGAUAGGGAAGAGGAUUUGAGCCUAGAAUCCCACCUUCUGACCUUGUAUUGCAGUUAGUCUCUCCGUAUCUUACUGCCUGAGCUAGUAAUUUAUUUAAAAGUGAAAUAUGGAUCAUGUUUCUUCAUUUCUGGUGGUUAUAAAUUUCACCAGUAAAGGGCUGGACUUACUUUCCAUUCUGUUAAUGGUAGCAUUUUUUUUUCCAGUGGGAAUGAAUAUCCCUCUCCUCUCAACCCUUCCACAAUGUUAAUAUUUUGCUAAAGUGCAACUGUGUAUAAUAUCAAGUUGAGUUGUGAAAAAUCGCUGGCAGGAUAGCCUUUCUGAAUCUGUGGAUUUAAUUCCUUUUGUGGUCACGACAGGUGAGGAAGACUAUGCUCGCUCUAUUACUUCCUUUUCACAAUUACCAUGUUUGUAUUGAAAAUACACUUCAGUAUCAGGCAUUGGCUUCACUGAGAUAUUUUCAUAUCUGGAAUAAAUUUGAGGUCGUCAAAUUGUCACAGUGAAAUGGCCGGUUGUGCUGUACCUCCAAAUCUCCCCCUCUCAGGCCAUCUGUGGCUCAGAGGAAAGCUCUCUUGCCUCUACAUUGGGCAGAUGUGAGCUCUAGUCCCAAUUUAGACAGACUGAAGCAUAAUACAUUUGACUGCCUGUGAAGAUGCCACCUUUAUGGCAAACAACUGGGUUGUGAUUGCGGUGCUAGUAGCAUGGGUUCAAUUCCUACACCAGCUGAAGUUACCAUGAAGGAUUCUCCUUCUUAACCUCUCUCCUGACCUGAGCAGUCAUGAUCCUUCGGGUGAAUCACCACGAGUUCUCUCUUCGCUGUGAGUGCAUCCCUAUGGUUCAGUAGCAUGUUACAACUAUUUUAUUUGAAAAGCAAUAGGUACUUGAUUCUUACCAUUACGGUAUUACAAUUUUCUCAGCAUCCCCAUCCAACCCCUUCAGUAAUCUCGGCUCAUUCCCCAAGAUCGCAAAAGAUAGGUGUGGAAUGUUAGUAUGUCUGUAGAUACUGAGGCCUGAGAGUGUGUGGGGUCUCAGCACAGUGAAUGAGAUCUAUGCUUUAGUGACUGACAUGCUCAUUUAUCUUCAAUAAAAGAUUUAUUUACAAAACAAUUGUAAAAUCAUAAAUAAAAUCUAUUGAUGACAGUG